AUGGCCCGUGCCAGGCGUACCAACUUCCGCCCCGAAUUCCUGGAUGAGAUGAUGAAGAUUGUGAAUGAUGGGAACCGGCUCAACCGUCGCGCCGUCCACACGCAACCGACUGCCAGGUCCGAGCCAGUUUUGCCAGGAGUCUGGAUCGAACCAGUAUCAAUUGCCCGCACUACUUCCGCGCCUUCUGAAGACAUGGCAGCCAGGGCCCGCCUCGAGGUCGAAGAAGCCUUCCGGUUGCGCCUCCGCUCAAGUUGCGCCGAGGUCUACGAGCGACGAAAAAUGCUACGUCAAAGCAAGGCGGCCAAACAUAUGGCGCUGAUCAGCAUCGGGAAUGCUAGCCUGUCGCUCCCAGAGUGUGCUGAAGUUCCGGAAGAUCUUGAGAAUGAUGUUUUCAUUGACGAGAAGCCUGAGGAAAAGGAGAACUUUGAGGAUGACCUCGAGAUCAUCGAGGAGCAGGAGAAGUUGGAGAGCGAGCAGGCGAUGACAAUGACGGUGCCGAAGCGUAGACGCUCUUUCCAAGAGAUUUGCGCCCGUGUCAUUGGAAUGCUGCGUCGUCGCGCCAGCUCACAUGGCCGCAAA